AUGGGUCGCAGAAAAUCGAAAAGACAAGCACCGACUAGAAGGAAGGCGAUUGAACCACUCGAUCAGCAAUUUAAUUGUCCGUUUUGCAAUCAUGAGCAGUCUUGUGAAGUAAAAAUGGACAAAGGUCGAAAUACUGCGAAGAUUUCAUGCAGAGUUUGCAAGGAGGAUUUCCAAACGAAUAUAAACAUACUUUAUGACCCAAUCGACGUUUAUAACGAUUGGAUAGAUGCUUGUGAAUUGGCCAAUUGA